AUGACCAGCCAAUCUUCUACGGUGGCUGAAAACCGACUGCACGCGUCGAUUCAAGACCAGCAAAGCACGAUUCUCAACGGAGGAAAGUACGAUGAGGGCGUAGGGCCAGGGCAGGUUCCUCCAGUCGGUGCAUUUGAGGUUUCUAGGACGAUACGAGUGGUCCAGGUUGGGGUAGCAACAAUUUAUUGCUUGCUGGCUGCCGGUGUGGUGUUUGGAUAUGCUGCGCUGAAGCCUGUAAUGAUUAAAGAAGGGAUAUAUAGGGAACAUUGUACGGAGCAUGAAAUUGCCAAGAAUGUUCAUGUGUGCUUUGAACAGGAGAUUCGGCUGAAUUUCAUGUUUACGGUGGCUGCUGUAGCUACAAAUGUCUGUGCCCUACUUGUUGGCGCAAUUCUUGACCAGUAUGGUCCCCGUGUUUCUGGCAUGAUCGGUUCGGCCCUCUUUGCGCUUGGAUGUCUUGGGUUUGGGUUUGCCGAUAAGAUUCACAGUUAUAGCAUUGAUCCUUAUCCAAUCGCAUAUUUCCUUCUGGCCGUCGGUGGCCCUUUCAUCUUCAUCCCGUCUUUCCACCUGUCAAACGCAUUUCCGACGCAUUCAGGACUUGUUCUAUCAAUGUUAACUGGUGCAUUCGACUCUUCAAGUGCCAUAUUCUUACUGUACCGCAUUGUCUAUGAAAAGACUAGUGGAAGAAUUGGACUUCAGGAAUGGUUUUUGGGAUAUCUCAUCGUCCCGGCAUUCAUCUUCGUGAUGCAAGUUCUUGUAAUGCCAGCCAGAAGCUACAAGACGGUUGUGGAAUUGGUAAGACAGGUUGAAGUUGAAGAAGAAUUGCUUGAGGAGGAGGACAGUGAUUAUGAGCAGGACGAAGUUGAAGUCCGAAUACGUAGGCAACAUCACGAAUCUGUUAUUUGCGAAAUUGAUAGCCUGCUCGGCGGGAAGAAUGCCGUGAAAGAGAGCGAGAGGAGACGAGAAAAAAGACAUGAGGGUAGCGGUGUUUGGGGUGCCAUGCAUGGCCGUUCAGUCACGAAGCAAAUAGCUAGUGGGUGGUUUGUGUUGAUCGCAAUGUUCACCAUCAUUCAAAUGACUCGAAUCAACUACUUCGUAGCUACAAUCAGAUCACAGUAUGAGUUUCUCUUCCACUCUUAUUCCAAAGCCGUUGAGAUCAACGAAUUCUUCGAUAUCGCACUUCCAGUCGGUGGUGUGCUCGCCGUUCCUUUUAUUGGCCUGCUCCUAGACAGUUUUUCAACACUCUCGGUCCUGUCUAUUCUGGUUACAAUGGCUGCCGCAAUUGGGGCUCUCGGUUUAGUAGAAUGUUCAUACACUGCAGCUCUUGCCGGAAUAAUUGGAUUCGUUAUUUACCGACCGUUCUAUUAUACCGCUGUCUCAGACUACACCGCUAAGGUGUUUGGUUUUAAGACGUUUGGAAAAAUAUAUGGCCUAAUCAUAUGUCUUGCGGGCUUGUUUAAUUUCUCGCAAGCUGGGCUGGACGCAUUGACAUUCAAGGUGUUCCACAAGGAUCCCAGACCAGUAAACUCUGGACUGCUUGUUGCCGCUGUGGCAAUUGGAACAGCGCUUGUUUUAUAUGUGUGGAGAACCGGAAGGAAGAUUAAAAGGUUCAGACUGGGCCUUGAGGCAGAGAGAGCGGAGCCAACUUUGAUGCCUGGCGGAUCGCUGAAUGGUUAUGGUGGUGUCUAA